CCCUCUCGCAUUGCGCAUGCGCAUUCAAACAAGCGAUGUCAAACCGCAGAAGUGAAGCUGUUCGUGUGAUAACUACCUCAUGAACUGCUGAAUGGACAGGGCUGGUUCGGACCGGACGGUUGUCGCUGAAGGGUUUGUUAAACAACAAAAAGCCUAAAAAAGGCAACAUGUUUGGCAAAAAGAAGAAGGCACCGAUGCCCAAAGGACAGGGCGCUGCUGCGGCCAAACAGAUGGGGUUAUUUGUGGACUUGAACCCAGAGGAGAUGAUGAUGGGUGCGGAGGAAAACCUGGACGACCCGGAUCUGGAGGCUGAACUCGCUGCUAUUACUGGAAAUAAAGCAGCUGCCAGAGGAAAAGCCAAGCCAAAGGGGAAAAGCCCUCUUCCCAUGGAAGACAUCGCGAAAUUGGCUGACGAGUGCAUGCGAGAUGUGGAUGAGGAUGAUGACGAUGACGAUAUUGAAGAUGAUGAAGAUCUAUUGGCCGAGCUCCAGGAAGUGGUGGGUGACGAGGAAGUCGGGGAUGCAUCAACUCCUUCCUCCACAUCCUCCGUUUCUGCUGAGUCUUCUCAAGUCGAAACAGUCGAGCCUCCAACUGCACAGGAAGUAAAGGUCUCCAAAGCAGCGCCCGGUAGCCUCCAGCAUACACUGGAAGAGCGAGCAGAGAUGUACAAGACGGCGAUAAAGAAUGCAAAGUCUGCAGGAGAGACAUCUAAAGCCAGAAGAUAUGAUCGGGGUCUGAAGACUCUGGAGUCGAUGAUAGCUGCUGUGAAAAAAGGAAAGCCUGUAAGCGAAUCGGAGAUCCCGCCACCUGUAGCUACCGGAGCUCCAACCGCCGCGUCUCGACCCGCUGUCCCUUCCAGACCCGCUCCCCCUGUCCCCUUGCGUCCUGAAGGGAAGCCGGAGACGACCACGCCGCCGACUGCCGUGACACCCAGCAGCGAAGAAGAGCAGACUUCUUCUACUAGCGUUCUGACGCUGAACGACCUUCCAUCGCCUGAGGAGACUCCUGCUACGCUGUCAAAGCCCCGACCGACAGAUUCCGUGAACGAGGCGACGAAGGCGAUGCUUUUGGAGAGGCAGAGAGAAUACAAGCUGGCAGCUCUGAGAGCGAAGAAGGAAGGAGACAUGGAGCAGGCGAAGCUUUACUUCAGGACCAGCAAGAACUUCGAUGCAGUGAUCGAGGCGUUGGAGAAAGGACAAGCAGUCGACCUCAGUGGCCUUCCUGCACCGCCUGGAAAAGGAGGAAUCUCUGCUGCUGGGAGCAAACCUUCAUCUGAGCAAAACGUGCAGGCCUCCCAAACUGCUACUGCAGCAUCUGGCCCAUCGGCUCCCAAAGAUGUUCUGGAGGCUCUGGAGCAAAGACGAGUGAAAUAUGUGGAGGCAUCGAAUCAGGCCAAAGCCAGCGGAGACGACCGUAAGGCCCGGAUGCACGACCGCAUUGCUAAGCAAUAUCAGAGCGCCAUCCGGGCCCACAAAGCCGGGAAACCAGUCGACUUCAACGAGCUUCCAGUUCCACCUGGCUUUCCUCCGAUCCCGGGCCAGAAGGUGGCAGGCGAUGAACAGGGGUUUGCCGCCGCCCUGGAGGCGGCCAGCAAACUCGCCUCCACUAAUGUUGCUGAUGCGGCAGAUGAGGAUGAUGAUGAAAAGGAGGAAGAGUUAAAGGCCGGCGUUUUAGAAAAGCCGAAGGAGGCGACGUCGGACGUCCCGUCAGCCGGUCCAGAGAGGAAGAGGUCGCCGUCGGCUUCGCCUGACAGAAAGUCUCCAGAGGAAAACCUCUCGCCGGCAGCCACUCAGCUGCUGGCGCUUUUGGACAGCAGGAAGAAACAGUUCAUGAAGGCGGCUCUGCAGGCCAAACAGAAGAACGACAUGGAGCAAGCAAAGGUUUUCCUCCGCACCGCGAAAGGCUUGGACCCCAUGAUCGAAGCGGCGCGCAGCGGCAAAACGGUCGACAUCAGCACGCUGCCGUCGCCCCCUGGUGAUGAGGAGGACGACUUCAUCCUGGUUCACCACAGCGAUGUCCACGUUUCAGAGAAAACUGGCCCGGUUUACACACAACUGUCCACCAUCCUGAAGGAGCAGCAUGAGAAAUGUCUGACGUACUCCAAGCAGUUCACUCACCUGGGCAACGUCUCUGAAACUACAAAGUUUGAGAAAAUGGCAGAAAGCUGCAAGAAGAGCCUGGACGUCCUGAAGCUGGCUCAGUCCAGAGGCCUUCCUCCCCCUCCGCAUCACUUCCAGGAGAAAUCCUUCCGCACUGUGAGAAUAUUUCCAGAGCUGAGCAGCACAGACAUGGUGGUUAUCAUCGUGAAAGGAAUGAACCUUCCUGCUCCCAGCGGAAUUCAACCAAAUGAUCUGGAUGCUUAUGUGAAGUUUGAUUUCCCUUACCCCAGCGCAGAGCAGCCGCAGAGACACAAAACAAACGUCAUCAAAAACACUAACUCACCAGAAUACAACCAGAGCUUCACGCUGUCGAUCAACCGGAACCACCGCGGCUUCAGGAGAGUCGUGGCGUCAAAAGGCCUCAAACUGGAGCUGCUGCACAAAGGGGGUUUCCUGCGGAGCGACAAGCCCGUCGGGUCGGCGCUGAUAAAGCUGGACAAACUGGAGUCGCAGAGCGAAAUCAGGGAAAUUGUAGAGGUGAUGGACGGCCGUAAACACACGGGAGGUCGAAUCGAGGUCAAAGUUCGUCUGCGGGAGCCUCUGAGCGGCCAGGAUGUCCAGACGAGUACCGAGCGCUGGCUGGUCAUCGACUCCUCAAAGGGUCUUUAGAUUUUUAUCCAAUUCAAAGGAGUUUCACUUGAAGGUGAAAACAGCCUCAAUCAGAAACGCUCGGGAUGACAAAGAUGAGGUUCGGGGUCUCUGUUGAGGACGGUCACCGGUUCACACGGGACUGCGACCUUCACUGACCUCGGACGUCUUUAAACUCCUGCACAUUAGCGCCAGGCGGCGGCGUCUGUUUGCACAGGAGACGUUUGGUGUCGUGGAGGCGUGAAGCGAAGCGGCGGCUCAGACUCGGGCUCGGCCGGUUUUCACGAAUCAGCUGCACGUCUCCUGCUGACGCCGAGGAGCUGCUCUCAUCCUGCCGGCUAACUGGAAUUCAUUUCAUACCCUGCAGCCAAUAAUGCGUACAUAUUCCUCAUGUUUAUACGAGUCUGGGACCGAGAACUUCACUAUGCACUAAUACCAAAGUAAUCAGAGUUGCUGUAAAAUCCUGCACAUUUGAAAUCACCUUUAGUUGCCAAAUCUGCCGCCGACGUUUGUACUGACAUUUAUGCAACAUGGCCGACGUGUUCGCACCUUUAAUUUUCACUGUUUGAAAUCAUUAAGCCAAGAAGUUA